AUGGCUCAAUCUGGUAGCUCCAGCAGAGUGGGCGUCCACUAUAAGGUUGGGAGCAAGAUUGGCGAGGGCUCGUUUGGCAUCAUUUUCGAAGGUAUCAACCUCCUCAACAACCAACAGGUGGCUAUUAAGUUUGAACCACGUAAAUGCGAGGCUCCGCAAUUGAGGGACGAGUAUAGAUCGUACCGGAUUCUUAACGACGUUGAUGGCGUGCCCAAGGCCUACUUCUUUGGCCAGGAAGGUGUCCACAACAUCUUGGUGAUUGACCUCUUGGGCCCUUCGCUCGAGGACUUGUUCGACUGGUGCGGACGUAGGUUCUCGGUGAAGACCGUUGGCCAGGUUGCCAAGCAGAUGAUUCAAAGAGUGCAAGGAAUCCACGAACACAACUUAAUUUACCGUGAUGUCAAGCCUGACAAUUUCCUCAUUGGCAAGCCAGACACUCCUGAAGCCAACAUGGUCUACGUGGUGGAUUUCGGUAUGGCCAAACAGUACAGAGACCCAAAGACAAAGUCACAUAUUCCUUACCGUGAGAAGAAAGCUUUGAGCGGCACAGCUAGAUACAUGUCCAUCAACACACACUUGGGUCGCGAGCAGCUGAGAAGAGACGACUUGGAAUCUCUAGGGCACGUCUUCAUGUAUUUCCUCCGCGGGCUGUUGCCAUGGCAGGGUCUCAAAGCUCCUACAAACAAGCAGAAGUACGAGCGUAUUGGCAUGAAGAAGCAGUCUACACUGGUGAAUGAUCUUUGCCAGGGCUUUCCUAUUCAGUUUGCUCAAUACUUGACUUAUGUGAGAAACCUUAAGUUUGACGAAGAGCCUGAUUACGACUACUUGGUAGGUCUCAUGGACAAAGCACUUCUCCUGAUUGACGCCGUUGAAGAUGGUCACUACGACUGGAUGGACCUCAAUGGUGGCAGAGGCUGGGACGCAGCGUUAAACAAGAAAGCUAAUUUACACGGCUACGGUAACCCACACCCUCCGCAGCAGAGAAGGAAAGCUAAUAACACAAACGUCAACCUUGCGCUGAACAAACGCGGCCAUGACAAACUUCCUGGUGGGUCACUUCCCAAUAAUUCGUCCCAACAACGUCUCACCAAGUCUCAAUCCUUAAACCACCCCAAUUAUAAUUCAAUCACUGAUGAACAUAGCCGAAAGGCGUACAGACAGCACAACGCAAACGUUGGCCAGCCCCAUCACACUACAGGCGACGGCCAUUCAGAUACAUCAAGUUUUGAGGAAAGAAGAAAAAACCAAUCCUGGCUCCGCCGGAACUGUUGUUGCUUCUGA